UGUGAAGAGCAUGGGUGCAGUUUGGUAAAAUGAACCAAUAGGCACCUCUCACAGCGAUCAGGAUCCACCUUUUUCUAAAAGGAAAUAAAAUGAGUUACCACUACGGUCAGGGCUAUCCAGGGGCAAGACACCCAGCACCAAAUGCCCCCUAUAGUGGAGCCGGGGCUCCGUAUGGAUCUGCACCCUCAGCUCCAUAUGGCGGUGCAGCAGUCCCAACGGGAGGCUACUAUGGGCCAGGACAAGGGGGUGCGCUUUACGGAGGCCAACCUCAUGGAGCACCCUAUCGCCAUCCUCCUCCUUCAGGGAAUAUCCCCCCUGGUGUCAACCCAGAGGCAUACCAGUGGUUUCAGAGUGUCGACACAGACCACAGCGGCUUCAUCAACCUGAAGGAGCUCAAGCAGGCGCUCGUCAACUCCAACUGGUCCAGUUUUAAUGAUGAGACAUGCCUCAUGAUGAUCAACAUGUUUGACAAGACAAGGUCAGGCCGAAUGGACCUUUAUGGCUUCUCAGCGCUGUGGGACUUCAUGCAAAGGUGGAGGGCACUCUUUCAACAGUAUGACAGGGACGGCUCUGGAUCUAUCAAUGGCACAGAGCUCCACCAAGCCCUCGCACAGAUGGGCUACAACUUGAGCCCCCAGUUCUCCGAGUCACUGGUGCGGCGCUUCAGCGUGCAUGCCGCGCGUCCCGGCAUGCAGUUGGAUCGCUUCAUCCACGUCUGCACCCAACUGCAGAGCAUGACGCAGAUCUUCAGGGAGAAAGACACCACCAUGACGGGCAACAUCCGCCUUAACUAUGAGGACUUCCUCUCGGGUGCCAUCACCAGGCUCAUGUGAACGUAAUUUGGCCCCCCAGAUGGCAGUUUAGCAUUUGACAUAUCAGCCAGUACAUCCUGUGACUUGUUGCUCUAGCGACAUGAAAGCCAAACUAGAGACGACAAUGUCAUUUUAAGUCACACCAUUCAAACAACGAAUCAUGUAUUUCACAAAUAGCAGGAAAUGCUUGCAUCAUCACCACAGGUGCCUUUCUGUUUACUAUUUCUGGCCGCAUUUUUGCUUCAACAGCCUAUCUCAAUGCUCAAAGAUGUUUAUUGACCAUCGUAGUCUCAUAUACCUCAUAGGCACUAACUAUCCUUCCCUCAUUCAAAUUCUUCAGUAUUUUACAUUAGUGAAAGAUUUACAUACGGGUAGUAAAGUUGUCAAUUUGGAUCAAAGACAUGUUAUCAACUCCCACUUGUGAAUAUUUUGUGAUCCUGAUCCCACAAAAUGUAUUUUUUGCACCUUGAUACCACUGCAUUGCCGACAAUUCUAAAAAUGUUGAUCAAAACAAGGGUGUUUCCAACAAAUGUGCCCUGUGCCUGUUUGACAUAACUUAUUUUGCAUUCCAUUGAGGUUUAUGUUCUACUGAAUGCCAAAAUGAUGAUGGUGGUGUUUCGAUUACUUUUGUUCACCAAUCAGCGUAUCAACAUUUGCGAAUGGCACUUUUAAGGUACUUGAACAAACCUUUUAAAAUAAAUAAACAUAUAUAAAGCCCA